GUGAUGAUAUUACAGUUUAUGGUGUGGUUAUGCAGAGGUGGAAACCUCUCAGUCAGGGCUCCCGUUGUGACCUAGAACUUGUCCUGAAAGCUAAUAAUCUUGAGGUGAACAAUGAACAGCCAACUGGAGUUAUUAUUGAUGAAGAUGUCCAGAAAGAAUUCGAAAACUUUUGGAAGAACUAUAAAGAUGACCCUCUAGCAGGAAGAAACGAAAUUCUGGCCAGCCUUUGUCCACAGGUAUUCGGAAUGUACGUGGUUAAACUAGCUGUUGCCAUGGUGUUGGCAGGUGGAGUGCAAAGAACUGAUGGAGCAGGCACAAAGGUUAGAGGAGAACCCCAUCUUUUACUGGUAGGAGAUCCUGGGACAGGGAAAUCUCAAUUUCUUAAAUAUGCGGCAAAAAUUGUGCCCCGUUCAGUGCUGACUGCAGGAAUUGGAUCUACUAGUGCAGGUUUGACUGUGACUGCAGUAAAGGACUCUGGAGAGUGGAACCUGGAAGCAGGAGCACUGGUUCUAGCAGAUGGAGGUCUGUGCUGUAUUGAUGAAUUUAAUAGUAUUAAAGAACAUGAUAAAAGCAGCAUUCAUGAGGCAAUGGAGCAGCAAACUAUAAGUGUGGCAAAGGCAGGCCUAGUAUGCAAGUUGAACACAAGAACAACUGUCCUUGCAGCUACAAAUCCAAAAGGCCAGUACGAUCCUGAUGAAUCUAUCACUGUAAAUACAGCAAUUGCCAGUCCACUUCUGAGCAGAUUUGAUCUAGUAUUGGUACUCCUGGAUACCAAAAAUGAAGAAUGGGACAAAGUCAUAGCUUCUUUCAUUCUGGAAAAUAAAGCUUGCCCAACAAUCUCUGACAAAUUGUGGAGUAUGGAGAAAAUGAAAACUUAUUUUUGUCUCAUCAAAACUUUACAACCUAAGAUUUCUGGUGAAGCAAAUAAAAUCCUUGUGAAAUAUUACCAAGUACAGCGUCAAAGCGGGUUUAGAAAUGCAGCGAGGACUACAAUACGCAUGCUUGAGAGCUUGGUCCGUUUAGCUGAAGCUCAUGCAAGGCUAAUGUUUAGAGAUACAGUAACUGUUGAAGAUGCUAUCACAGUGAUCUCUGUAAUGGAGUCUUCCAUGCAGGUAUGCACUUUUUAUAAAGAGUUAAAACAUUUUUAU